AUGGAGGUACCCCUCCCGGAGUCAUGCAUCUUUCGCCCCUCGGCCGCAGACCUUGCGGCAUACCCCAACUUUGCUGCAUACAUCGCUACGCCUGAAAUGACAACGCUCUCGUCGCAUCCGCACUCACUCGAUGCUGUGUCGGAGCCUCUGCUCGCUCGUGUCGCUGGCCUCCGCAUUCGCACGCCCAUUCUCCAGUCGGUCACCGGUGCAAAGGGCGUGUACGUCGUCCGUCACGAGCCCAAGGCCUCAAAGUCGUGGUCGGCCUUUGCCGCACAGGCUGCAAAGUACGAUGCCCGGACUCGUCCAAAGGAUCUACCUUUGUCAUCGAGCCCGGCUGCUCGGGAGAGCCCGUCGUCUGCGUCGUCAUCCGCCAACUCGCUGCCCUCGCUCCCGCUCUCCGACGCCCAGAUCAAGGCGCUCGAAGCCCACUUUUGGCGCCGCAUCCGCGGCCGCUCGCCGACAUACGGCGCAGACGUCCCGGGAUCACUCUUUGAGCCGGGCGUUCCGUUCUCGCUCCCCGAGAUGCGCUCGCUACUCAACCACGACGCGCUUGGGACCGACGGCAUGCUCGGCGUCACCACGCCCAUGCUCUACGCCGGCAUGUUUGGCGCCAUGUUUGCCUGGCACCUCGAGGACGCCAACGCGUACUCGGUCAACGCCAUUGUGCUCGGCGCACCCAAGGUUUGGUACGUCGUCCCGCCGUCAGCUCAGCACAAGUUUGAGGUCCUCAUGCGCAAGCUCUUCCCGCGCGAGGCCGACGCCUGCCGCGAGUUUCUCCGCCACAAGUCGUGCGUCGUUGCCCCCUCCGUCCUCGACCGCGAGAACAUCCCCUACACCCGCGUCUAUCACCGCGCCGGCGAGCUCGUCGUCACCCUAGCCGGUGCCUACCACGCCGGCUUCAACUGCGGCCUCAACCUCGCCGAAUCGGUCAACUUUGCUAACGUCGGCUGGCUCGAGCACGCCCUCGCCGCCCGCCCCUGCCUCUGUCGCCCCGACUCGGUCCGCGUCGACGUCUCGCCGCUCUUUGCCCCGCCGCCGCCGCCCUCGGCCUCGCGUAAGCGUCCCCGCUCGGGCCCGCCCUCGCCGCACUCGGUCGCCGCCUCGGCCUCGCUCCCUACCGCCAUCCCUGUUCUCGACGACGACGCCGAAGAGGAAAUCUCUGGAGGUUACAUGCACCCGCGCAAGCGCAAGAAGCACGCCGCCCCGCCCGCAGAGACCGAGGCCGUCGCACUCGCCGCUGCACUCGCCCCCUACCUCCUCUCGCCGCCCUCGCCGCGCGCCCACCUCGGCUCGCCCUCGCACCUCGCCACUCGCCUCUUCAACAUUCUGCCCCUCAUCGCUCCGCUGGCUGCCCUUGUUGCAUCUCCCGCGCCCGAGCUUGACCCCUCGCCGCGCGCUCGCGACGUGCUCUCCGACCCAGCCACCCUCGGCGUCGCCCUCGCCCUCGUCGCUCGCUUCUCGCCCUCCCGCCUCCCACCGUCGUAGCACUCUACUCUGCUUCGCUCCGCUCCUGUUUGUAUUUGAUCGAGCCUUCGAGCCAAGGCCGCUACACCACAUCGGCAUCGUCCGAACCAGACUCGAGGCAAAACGUCGACGCCGACGACGCCGGCCGCGGCGUGGUAGACGAUCCCAGCGCCACGUGCGCGAGCGAGUCCAGCUCAAUGUCGAGUGCGUCAGAGUCGGUAAAGGCCGUGCCCAUCAUCGAGAGCGAGCCCUUGCGCUCGGCAAGAAAGUCGAGCGAGAUGCUGUCCGACC